GUAGUAUUUUCAAAUGCAACUCUGUGCGAAAUAAAAUAAAAUAAAUUAAAUUGACGAAAUAAAUUAUUCUUCUUAUUAGAAAUUUGUACACGGUGCAAAGUAUUUUGCGCCUAAUUUAUUUACAAGGCUUUUGCUCAAAUGUGGAAAUAAUUCGAUUGAAUUAAUCUCGAAUGCGGUAUGAACUCGGGAAAGUUGGACUUUAGUACAACUCGUCGGCUUGUGUUAAUAGUAAUUGUACUGUUAGUUAUAUUAUUUGUGAAAAAUAUUGUAUUCAGUGAGGAUUGAUUUACCGUCAAGGGCUAUUAAGAGAAUUUAGGUUGUUUAUUAACAUUCACGAAAAAUGGCAACGGCCACUAACCGACGAGUUUCAUACUUUUACAAUCCCGAUGUGGGUAAUUUUCAUUACGGUCCCGGUCAUCCAAUGAAGCCGCAUCGUUUGUCGGUAACACAUAGUCUUGUUAUGAAUUAUGGCCUCCACAGGAAGAUGAAGAUCUACAGACCUUACAAGGCAAGUGCACAAGACAUGCUUCGUUUUCAUAGUGAAGAAUAUAUUGACUUUCUACAGAAAGUCACUCCGCAAAACAUUCAGUGCAACACCGUUGGAUACACAAAAUACCUAUCUCACUUCAGUGUGGGUGAGGACUGCCCUGUUUUCGAUGGAUUGUUCGAGUUUUGCGCAAUGUAUACAGGCGCUUCGCUCGAAGGUGCCCAAAAGCUAAAUCACAACCACAGUGAUAUAUGCAUCAAUUGGUCCGGUGGCUUACAUCAUGCAAAAAAAUUUGAAGCAUCAGGCUUCUGUUAUGUUAACGAUAUAGUCAUAGGCAUACUUGAGUUACUUAAGUACAAUCCUAGAGUUUUGUACAUUGAUAUUGACGUGCACCAUGGUGAUGGCGUGCAAGAGGCAUUUUAUCUUACCGAUCGUGUGAUGACUGUUUCCUUCCAUAAAUAUGGGAACUACUUCUUCCCAGGAACCGGGGAUAUGUAUGAAAUAGGUGCAGAAUCGGGGCGAUAUUAUAGCGUAAAUGUCCCCUUGAAAGAAGGCAUAGACGAUCACAGUUAUUUCCAAGUGUUUAAACCAAUAAUCUCAGCUGUAAUGGACUUUUAUCGCCCUACCGCGAUUGUACUGCAAUGUGGAGCAGAUUCACUGGCUGGUGAUCGUUUGGGGUGCUUUUCCCUCAGUACACGUGGACACGGCGAAUGUGUAAAAUUUGUUAAAGAAUUAAACGUACCAACUUUGGUUGUGGGGGGUGGAGGCUAUACCUUACGCAACGUGGCUCGCUGCUGGACUCAUGAAACUUCGCUACUGGUAGACGAAAACAUCUCAAAUGACUUGCCGAUGUCAGAAUAUUUGGAAUUCUUCGCGCCUGAUUUUACGCUUCACCCAGAUGUGAAUUCACGCCAGGAGAACGCAAAUUCUAAGCAAUAUUUGGAAUUAAUAGUAAAACACGUUUAUGAGAAUUUAAAGAUGUGUCAACAUUCGCCGAGCGUGCAAAUGGUGCAAAUUCCACCAGACGCCAUGGAUAUGGAGGAAGUGAGAGUUAAAGAAGAAUCGGAUCCAGAUGUUCGAAUAACACAGGCGGAAGACGAUAAAAUGGUGGAACCUAAAAAUGAGUUCUACAGCGGAGAUACUGACCAAGAUAAAGGCGAUAUGACCGAAAGUUGAACAUUACGAAGUGAAUAAUAAGAACACUUUAGGGAAAAGCUUGUAAAUACGCAGAAUUAGUUAAUUAUAAGUUUACUUUUAAUAAAUGUAUAUUUUUUAAGCUUUAUUGGUUGAAUUAAGAUAAUGUACAAGAUGACAUAUAUGUAUAAUUGAGGACUAAAUAUGCGCAAAGGGAAGAACAAAAAAAAUAUGAAAGGUAAUACCAAGGCAUUAGUUGAAAGUAUUUCUGGUAAAGAAAAAUCGAUAUAUAAUCCCUUUGAAAUGGUAUUAAAUUUAUUUACUAUA